AUGGCAGAGCCUGCAUAUAGACUACAGCAAGCUAUAGAUAGGAAAGAGUUCAAACCUCAUGAACUUAAACAAGAACGCAUGUUUGCAGCACUUGGUGCKUCGUGGYCGAAAGGAGAAGAAGCCGCAAAAAGAAAGUACAAUGAACUUCUGAGACAUGCAGAAGAAGUCGCAAAGAUAAAAUACAAAGAAUACCUUAGGAAAGCAGGAGAUGCCGCAAAACGAAAGUACGAUGAAUUCCUGAGGGAAGCAAAAGAAGCCGCAAAAAGAAAGUACAACGAGCUUCUGUUGCAAGCAGAAGAAGCCGCAAAAAGAAAAUACGAAGAAUUCCUGAGGCAAAAAAAGGAAGCUUGGAAAAAGUUCAAGACUUGCUAUGAAGGCUUUAUAGCCUGGGUAGCGUCCUUUGAUCCGAAUGAUAUGAUUGGUCCUGUUGGUUACGGAGACGCCCGGUUUGUUGCUGGAGACAUGGUACUUAAUUACAAGAUUCGUUUUGAGAACGAYCCUAACGCAACAGCACCUGCACAAAGAGUGCUUAUUCGUCACAAGCUGGACUCUGACCUUGAUGCAAGAACAUUCAAGAUCGGUACGUUUGGAUUUGGAAACUUUACGAAAAUGAAAAAAGCAGAGAGCCCUUUGAUACAGGAAAAGCUGGAUUUUGUGAGAGCCAGAAACCUUUACGUGAAGCUGACAGCAGGGAUAGACAUCGUUAACAACGAGGUGAACUGGGACUUUCAAAGCCUCGAUCCCAAAACAGGAGAGCCACCACGUGAUCCACGACGUGGUUUUCUGCCACCAAACAAUGGGACCACGGGACAGGGAUUCGUCACAUUCGCUAUUCGCGCCAAGAAAGAUGUCAAACCGCUGUCCAGAAUAGAUGCUAAAGCAAGCAUUAUAUUUGAUCUGAAUGAGCCUAUAGAAACACCGCCGAUAUUCAAUACGAUCGAUAACUCAGGCCCUACGACUAAUCUUACUGUGCUAAAGGACGUCCUCCAAGACACCGGCUCUUUAACAGUGACUUUGAACAAAGAAGACGUUGGCGCAGGUGUUCAGUCGGUGGAUAUCUAUUAUCAAGAACAACAAAGCUCGUGCCGCAAUCUUAAUAAYUGUUCAAGUCGUGGAAACUGCUCAGUGUACAGCUUUUGUGAUUGYGAUCAAGGAUUCUAUGGAAAUGAUUGCUCCCAAGACAAACCUCUUCUCGAGCCCCCACUUCUUGAGGUUUCAUCCAGCGGUGGCACUGAGGACAUGCCCGUACGGUUAUUUUUUUCAGCAAGAAUGGUUGGAGCCAACUUUACAAAUAAUGUUUCUUUAAGUAUGAUCAUAUACAAUGUCCCGUUAUCGUUUUCAUUCAGUCGAGGCAGGCGUAGUGACAAGUCGGUCAUCCUAAGCCAACAAGAAUUCGGCGACUUGACCAUGAAGCCACCACAUGAUUUUUCCGGGAAUGUGWCUUUCAUUAUCUAUUCCAAACUUACUGAUGGAAAUCGAGUCUCAAUCAAGAAUUCAUCGUUAACUGUGAAAAUCAAAGCAAAGGCCGAUUUGCCAUCUCUUACUGUAAMGGAGGCAUGUGCUAAUUCCAGUGGCAUGAUACCGCUGUCGAUAAACGCAUCAUUAUUAGACCGUGAUGGUUCUGAAAGAAUGUCUAUCAAGCUGUCUGGACUACCCGACGGUUACCAACUGCGUCCCCCUGGAAGACAACAGGGUGAUGCUCAGUACCUCAACCUCGUAACACUCCCAUCAUUGAUGGUCAUCUUUCAAGGAAAAUUCCACCCCUUUACUCUAAAAGUGACUGCUUCGUCUGUAGAGAUCUCGAAUGAUGACACAGCAAUCAGAGAGAAAAUAAUCAAAGUUGAAUUGUGUACGCUAGAAGUCACUUGUCAUGAAUUAAACAAUUGYUCAGGCCGCGGAGUUUGUGUUGCUCAAAACAAAUGUAGGUGUGAUCAAAAUGAUACAGGAGCUGAUUGCUCAAAAGAAUCUGUGAUUAAUACCAAAGAUCGAGAAAACGACGCCAACACAGGCGCAGUGGUCGGUGCCACCAUAGGCAGCCUAAUAAUUGCCAUCCCAAUUUUAGCSUGCAUSCUUUAUGCAUAUWGCACGAAAUAUCGAAACAAGAGAWUAGAAGGUAAAAAAAMMCACCUGUAUCCUGGAUCAGGUCCUCCACUAAUGCUUUGA